AUGCGCCUUACACAAGCCGCUGUCGUUGCCAUCUUGGCCUUCACAGCCGCUGCAAAGCCCAUCGCCGCUCGUGGUGAUGAUGUGAAAGCCCACGAGUACCAGAAGUGCUGUGAGCAGCGCGACAAGUACGAUCAUGGCAAGGUCUGCAUUCCGCCCAAGGUGGAGGUACCCCACGUACCCGAGCCGCCUAAGGGUGACGAGCACAAGAAUGAAGAGCCGCCAAAGCCGAGCCCGGAGCACCCCGAAGCACCCAAAGAAGAGGGGGAAAAAGACGAUCAUGAUGAUGGCAGCUACAAGCCUCACCCCCCGAAGCCACGACCAGAGCAUCCAGCUCCAGAGGACGACAAGAAUGACCAUGAUGACGGCAGCUACAAGCCUCACUCACCUAUGCCGCAGCCAACACAUCCAGCCCCGCAACCUGAGCACCCAAAACCCGAGCAUCCAGCUCCAGAAGAAGACAAAGACGAUCACGAUGACGGCAGCUACAAGCCUCACCCACCUAUGCCGCAGCCAACGCAUCCAACACCUCCGAAGGAGACGACGCAUCCAGCACCCCCCAAGGAGACGAUGCAUCCGGCGCCGCCCAAGGAGACCACGCAUCCGGCGCCGCCUAAGGAAACACACCCAGCUCCUCCAGCUCCUCCAAAGGAAACACAUCCAGCACCGCCCAAGGAAACACAUCCAGCACCUCCCAUGGAGACACAUCCAGCACCUCCCAUGGAGACACAUCCAGCACCGCCCAAGGAAACGCAUCCAACACCGCCCCAGGAGACGCAUCCAGCACCUCCCAAAGAAGAGCACUUACCUCCAUCGCCAAAGCCGGUCCCAGAGGCUGACCAACAUGGGUAUUACACCUUCGGCGAGGAGAUUAGUCUGAAAUGUGAGGGUGGCAAAAUCGUAGUCAAGGGCCACAAGUACUAG